GCCACAGUGCAGUCUUUCAUCUGUAGCGUGACCGCAACAAACGAUGGGCUGUGAAUACCUGCAGCAGUUUCUUAGAAUGUAUUCAAUAUAUAGACACAAAAAACAGUCAGACAGUUGGAAUUGUUGAUAGUUUAGAUAAUAAUGGACUGAAAUUUCGCAUGAAAGGGAUCUUAUGUUAAUUAAGUGUGUGUAAAAGUAACGAAAAUGUCUUCUGUUGUGAUCAGCUGUUCGCGACUUCCUCUCCUAAGUUUUCGACAUCUGUCAGGUUAUGCACAGAAAAGAUCAUGGUCUGAUGAUGUAUAUUAUAGAUCUACUGAAUAUAGAGAAAGAUCAACCUCGGUUACAUCUUUUUACAACCAAAGUGAAAUAGACAACAUUGCAGCAAAGUCUUCCAUACGUCUGACACCUACGACUAUCCUGUAUGCUGGGAAAAGUCCUGACAACAGUCACCUAUUGAAAAGUGCCCAGUACCUGUACAAUGAGUUACCUGUCCGUAUUGCCCAUCGUAUUGUGGGAUUUAGAGGUCUACCAUUUAUUGUUGGAUGUAACCCUACCAUACUUCAAGUUCAUGAGAUGUACAUCAGAGCAUUCCACAUCCUGUUUAAACAUCCACCAGUGAUGGAUUUAAGAUCAGAAGAGACAUACACAGAAACAUUACAACAACUUCUGGACGAGCAUAAAGAUGUAGUGACAUUGUUAGCAGAGGGAUUCUCAGAGUGUAGAAAACAUUUACAGAAUGAAGGAAUGAUUAAAGCUUUCUUAGACAGAACUUUAAAGUCAAGACUUGGUAUACGGAUGUUAGCAGAACAUCACUUAGCCUUACACAGUGAAAAGCCAAACCAUGUUGGGAUCGUCACUGCAUCGUUCUCACCUCGUUCACUAGUCACACAGAAAGCCGAGUUUGUAAGAGAUGUUUGUCAAAAUAAGUAUGGACAUGCCCCAGAGUUCAGAGUGACAGGACACGUACAUGCUACUUUUCCAUACAUUGCUCCACCAUUAGAAUAUAUAUUGGGGGAACUUCUUAAGAAUGCAUUUAGAGCUGUAGCAGAAAGCCACAUGGAAAACAGACAUAAUCUACCAGAUAUCAAUAUCACUAUAGCUAAUAAUGACAGAGACUUCAUUAUCAGGUGAGAGGUUUUCUCAUUU